UCCUACAGUCAGUCAGCGAAGGGAUGCUCUGAACGAACGAUUGCAGCAUCUUUCCUGAGAGACUACAAACAAUUCGCAUCUCCCUCUAGCUUUGUAUCCAUUCUCGGCAUUUUCUUCCCUUUGGACCCUCCUGAAAACCCACCUCUUGCCCUCCAACAUCGACUGCAGGGUGUCUUCAUGCACGAAAGGACGACCGGAUAGAACACCAUAUUUUUAUUUCAGCACUUUUCCUUUCCCUUUAUUUAUUUAACCUCUUUUGUCGUCUGUAUAUUUUUGUUUUGAUCUUUUAUUUAGUUGACCAUUGCCUAACCGCAAUACAGAGAGGAGCGCCAUCGUUCUCCAUUGCCUGAUAGGAAUAUUGCAGUGGAGUGAAAUAACACAUAUGAAGAAAUUAAUGGAAGAUUAAAUUAGCCUACGUUCUACAACACGUUUAUAUUAUCUGGAACGGGACAUAAUUUAUCUGUUCAUUGGAUUUUUGUUGAGGUUACGUUCCAUACGCAGCGCAAGCAUCGUCUUCCUCCGUUAGAACAAAUAACCCAUACUCUGCGUAGCAUCUCGGUGUUCUCUGAAAAGGCGAGGAUAACGCGCAAGAUAUUUAAUUCGCAAGAAUAUACGCAUUUUCGAUUUUUGAAUCGCUUCGUCUAUUUAAAUACAUUUUUUUCAAUAGGCUACGUUGCAUAAAGGGAUAAACGCAUUUUCACCCAACCUACUUUUAAAAUGAUGGCCGGCGGGGCAGUACAACAAAACGGGAUUUUCUUGAAUCCUCACCAUCACAAUCAACAGCCGCACAUGGAGUCGGAUCCCCCUGAUUCGCGUAAAAGGCCACUGGAGACCCCAACCGAGGCUAGCAGCACUAAACGCACAAACACGGGAGUGGCCUUCCUGCAACCCCUUUUUGAAACUGAAGGCAUUGUAUUCCCUCACCAGGAAUCACACUCUGAGGCACAUGAGGAAGGUGAGUACUUCCUGAAGGUGCUGAUCCCCAGCUAUGCGGCCGGCUCCAUCAUUGGCAAGGGAGGACAGACCAUCGUCCAGCUGCAGAAAGAGACCGGCGCCACCAUCAAACUGUCCAAAUCCAAAGACUUCUACCCUGGCACGACAGAGCGGGUGUGUCUGAUCCAGGGGACAGUGGAGGCUCUGAAUGGAGUCCAUAACUUCAUCGCUGAGAAGGUGCGGGAGAUGCCACAAAGCACCCAGAAAUCCGAACCGGUCAGCGUAAUGCAGCCACAGACCACCGUCAACCCUGACCGCAUCAAACAGGCCAAGCUGAUAGUACCAAACAGCACAGCAGGUCUGAUCAUUGGUAAAGGUGGAGCCACAGUCAAGGCCGUCAUGGAGCAGUCAGGCGCCUGGGUGCAGCUCUCCCAAAAACCAGAGGGCAUCAACCUGCAGGAGCGCGUGGUCACCAUUAGCGGAGAGCCCGAGCAGAACCGUAAAGCCGUGGAGAUCAUUGUUCAGAAGAUCCAGGAGGACCCCCAGAGCAGCAGCUGCCUCAACAUCAGCUACUCCAACAUCUCUGGCCCUGUGGCCAACUCCAACCCCACCGGCUCCCCCUACGCCAACUCAGCCGAGGUGAACCCCGCUGCUGCUGCUGCCGCCGCUGCCACAGCCUCCAGCCUCCUGGGUCAGGCCACCAUGCAGAGUAUGGGCGGCUUCCCCACCACCAUGGGUCCCAGCUUCUCAGGCAACGACCUCCUGACCAUCACCUCGGCCCUCAACACGUUAGCCAGCUACGGCUACAACACCAACUCCCUGGGCCUGGGGCUCAACCCCGCGGCAGCCUCAGGAGUCCUGGCCGCCGUAGCGGCUAGCGCUAACCCCGCCGCGGCUGCCGCUGCAAACCUCCUGGCAUCCUACGCCAGCGAUGCCUCCACCAGCGCAGGCCACCAGGCCGCCUCCCUGGGAGGCUUCACCCUGGGCUCGCUGGCCGCGGCCACUGGGGCCACCAACGGCUACCUGAGCGCCUCAUCCCCGCUGAUGGCACAAUCCCUGAUGGCCACUGAGAAGCAGAUGCAGGAGGGGGCCAAGGAAGUGGUGGAGAUCGCUGUUCCCGAAAACCUGGUAGGAGCCAUCUUGGGGAAAGGAGGGAAAACGCUAGUGGAGUACCAGGAGCUGACUGGAGCCCGGAUCCAGAUCUCCAAAAAGGGAGAGUUCAUUCCCGGCACCCGGAACCGUAAAGUUACCAUAACCGGCUCUCCGGCGUCAACGCAGGCAGCUCAGUAUCUGAUCAGCCAACGGAUCACGUAUGAGCAGGGUGUGCGCGCCACCAACCCACAGAAGGUGGGCUAGAAAAAGGGAAUGGAAUGGAGGAAAACGAGUGGGGGCUUGGGGAGUAAUGCAAAGUGAGAGAGAAAGGGAGAGGAGAGCAAGAAUGUUGGAAGGAAUCGUUCACACGUUUUUUCGUGUUUCAGUAUUGUAAAAAUGAUGUGACGCAAAAAAUUUGCUCGGAGAGAGGAGAAAGUGUAAUGCGGAAUACAAAUGAAAAUAAGGUGUAAAAUGUAAAUACGGUUUUAUUACUUAAGUCUUGAUCUUUCGGGAUUUUUUAUUGUUUAGUUUUUUUGUUCUUUUGUUUGUUUGGGUAUUCUCCGGACAGUGGUGAAUGCGAUUUUAAACUGGCAUGCUGCCGCGCUGCAGUUUGGAAAAGGGGGGCGGUGGGGGUACUGGGGGCCGACCCCCAUGGAAUCAGCCCCUUCCCCACCCCCACCCCCAUUCCUGUGUAGCUCACUGAUUUUUUUCUUUCAGAUUUGCCUUCAGUUUCAAUUUGCCCCUUACCCUGCCCCCACCCCAUACUCUUCACCCUCCCCCUACAAGGGUCUGAGAAGACUGCAAACAAGUGCUUGGUUUGAGAUCUAAGGAAAAUCCCUGUAGUUGAUGACAUCCCCCCUCCUUUCCCCCAUCCCUCGCCCCUCUCACAGCCCCCACCCCCCCCUGUUUCGGGCAAAGGAGGUUGAGAGAUGUGCCCUCCUAUCCCUAUUGCCUCGCGCCUUAGGUUCUGAUUUAGCCAGAUGCAUGCUAUGCCACCCUCCGUAUUUAUAUAUGGGAUGCUCGUGUUUCGUAUGUAGGACGAAGGCAGAGACGCGUGGUGCAUCUCAUUGGGUCAGAAUUCUAGCGUAGCGCAAGAGCACAUAUAGAGGUUGGGGCAUUUUUCUCAACAAGGUUUGCAGUCUGAUAUUAUGAUUAUUAUUAAGAUUAUUAUAGAUAUCAUCAUCAUUAUUUAUUCAUAUGAUUUCACCCAUAAAGUUCGGUAUUUUCCUUGUUUUUUUUAAAUCUGUGAAUUCAGGUUGACAUGAAUGUAAAGACUAUUUUUGAUUUGAUUUGUUUAAUUUAAGUGGAUUUAAUAGUAUGUCACGUAGUGUAAUAUACAGUAUGUCUUAUUUAAGUCCAGUAAAAACUGCACCGUAAGGACCACUACAGUGAUGACGAAGAGGAAGGGUUAGCUUUGAUAUCCAGCAAAGAGCAGGACAGUAAAUAUUCACAUUAAAACACACACACACACACACUCUGAUGCCAUUUCAGUGCUAAAAAGGAUUAUAACAUAUCUACAUGGCAGAUUACGGUGAAAUCAAGCAGACUAGUCUCUAUAUACAGACAUAGCUGCACAAUGAAAAAUGCCACUUGCACAACAGGCCCAAGAGCAGCGUUCACAUUCUUGCAGGAACGAAGUUCUCUAAUAACGUCAACCCCCGAAGUUGUUUCAAUGUUGUGUGAGCUCAGAUUUAUCUCCUCUCUCUCCAGCUUAGCCUGUGUCCCUCAACAUUGUGAAAAGCCAAAGUGUUGUUGGGACUGGAGGGCCAUAGCCGUCUCCGCUGAGAUAUCCAGCGAGCGCUGCUCUUCUGCCUGUGGCACUCGAACUCUAACUGUCUAGACAGGCCAGGCGAGACACUAGGAACAAGAGCACUUAGAACCUAGAGGUGGUGGCCCCGCCAGGAUACGUACAUACUACUGAAAAAUACAAACACUGAAGAUGAGAAAGUUGAUAGUUGAAACGAUCUCACUAGGGUCCAACCAGAUUGCCAGGCCCCGUCUCAUUGCAAACAGAUCUAUUUCAAGGUAGUUCAUAUUUAGAAGUAGUUUUCCCUAAUACUUGCUCUUAUCAAGCAGUGUUCUUCUGUCCACGAUGAACGGGGGGGAAUGUAAGGUGGUACGAUCUGUUGGGCGUUAACUACAAGUCUAAUGGUUGUGGGUUAUUCUGAUUUUGGAAAACUGUAGGGACCUCCCACUACACACUCCCUGCAAUGGAUACUACCCACUAACCUAUAAGCUGCUAAAGAUGUUUUGGUUUGUUUUAUCUUGUUUUGUUUUUUUUUGCAAUCGGAGUACACUGAAGUCCAUCUUAAUGCACUGUGAAGUGUGGGUAUCUUUUUCUCUGCCCAUGAGGUCAGGGCUGUGUGCUGUAGGAGCUUGGUCACAGGCAUAUGCGUUGUUAUUAUUAUGUCAGGGAAAUGUACACAUGAAAAUACCAGGCAACUAAUCAUAUCUCAUGAACAAAACUCUAUUUGCAUACAAUAUCAGUUCUCAGUUAGAUAUGCAAGACGAGGAAAGAGUAUUCGUGUUUCUAAACACUACGUUGAAACCGUGAUCCUGGAUUGAGGCUUUGGAUGCGCUUUGACUCAGUUUGGCAUUGAAAGUAAUGUGGUUGUAGAAACGGUCUCUAUUUGGAGGAUGGGAUUGGGGGGGGGGGAGUGGCAGGUGUGCAUGUUCAGCUUUUGCUAUUCAAAGACAACAGUUGGAGGUAUGUGGAGUUUUAUCCCAAUUUUGACCGGGUUGCUCUUUUUUUUAAGAUACUCUAAUCGUCCGACUUCCCUUUUCAUAUUUGCUGUUUUCAUAAACAGUUGAAAUUGAUGUAUUCUGUUAGCUAACUGAAAAUGGCGGGCUAACCUAAAUGUGAUUACUUCUAAAAUGCCAAAGGAGGGGGGGGGGGGUCACAUUUUGCUUGACAUUAAACAAUCUAACUUGGUCUGGUAAGGGAACACUAGUAUUCGCCAUUGGAAUGUUUUCUCUAUUGUCUAUUGGAGCGACAGUGAAGCGCGUAUCUCGACAGAUUGGUAAGGAGGCUUCUUUAUUUCCAUCUAAUACCAUCCACUUUCCUCACCCCCCCAACCCUUGUACCUCCGUGCACCCCAUUCUUACACAUCAACCCAGAGCCCCCCUCUCACAUCUCUCCAUGGGUGAUAGUGUCUGGUGUUGCGAUGCAUGUCUGCUUGCCCUUCCAGACCACAACUACUCCAAAACAAUGACUGUCUGAGUCUCUUAAUGCUAUGAGAGUAGAGAGGACAGAGUUCCCUUGGUUGUAGAGCUGAGCAUUAGAGUCUAGUUAGUGACCAUUUUACCAGCAGCAGUGAGAACAAAUUAGUAGGUGGCAGAGGAAGUAUGAAAGAGAACCUGCAACCAGGCAACUAAGAGAGAGAGCUACUAUCUGACUUCAUUCUGUCAAUCCCCUGGCCAGUGGUUUGAAACCAUAUUUUAUUCUGUAUGUUAGUGAUAGGAGUGAAAACAUUAUGCUACAUUUGGUACACAUGCCCAGAUACAUACAGUACAUUCAUAAACACAUUUACAUAGAUUGCGAGUAGAAUAAGGGAAAUACUGCUUGUUGAAAUCAUUAAGAAAUGACAGAAAUUACUGGAUAUAAGCGAUACUACAACUGUGACAAAUCAAUGUGAAUGAUAUCAAAUAGAACAAUAUCAAAUACCUGUAGUUGGAGAUCACGGGAAGGUGCCAACAAAGUUUGUCAAAGCACGGCUUUGUUAUCUUUUUAUCUAAUUCAGCAAAAUUACCCCAUGUUGAUGGGGUUUUAGGGUGUCCAUUUUUGGCUGGUUUGUAAUUUAGGGGAUCUAGAUAAAAUGUGAUGAGUACUGGAAGCAAUAUACGUAGUAGCAUGUUGUCCUUGUAUUGUCUUUUCGUUCGGUCCGUUGUAAAAGCUUAGGAUUUACCUAGAUGUUGAAUAGAUUUACAUAAUUACGAUUUUUUUUUAAUUUGUGAAAUUGCUGCUAUUUAAUAAGUGAUGUACUAAAAAUAAAGUUAAAACAUAUCUGAUUGGUCGUUUAGCAGGAUGUUGUAGUUCCCAGAGGUGUACUAAAUGCUAUACAUGCUGAUAAGAUAAUAAUUACUGUAAAAACAAACUCAACAAAUAAAUCUGUGCCAAAAUAGAUCUUUAAAGACUGAAACUGAAAAUACGCGUGAUUUAAAAAACAUGACAUGAAAGGAAUCAUACUUUUAUAAGAAGAAAAUGUGAUAAGUGCCAAACGAACCAUAUUUAUAAUUGUAAAUAGAAGGAAAUGGUACAAGUGACUUUUUUGUUGUUGAGUAAAAAUCGAUGAAAAAAAAAAAAGGUUUUAGUUCAACUUUUAAUUCCCCCUUUUACUUACCAUAUGACAUGAAAUAAGGGAUUGUGGAGGAAGGGAGCCAUCUUGUUAGCUAGUAAUCCAGAAAUCCUUGAAUAUUGCAGUACUUAGACUCCGGGGCCAGAAGAAUCAACGUAGAGAUAGAUUAGCAUGGUUAAUGAUACACAUGAUAUUGACAUUCUUAAUACAGCCUUUUAUAGUUCUAAAAAUGUAUUUUGUGGAGAUAGAUGUUAUCUUUUUUGCACGUCUAUUAUUGCAUGAUAUCAAAGUGAAGCGUGGACAACACAAACAUGUUAGAAAAAAAUAUCGUACAACAUUUUUGGCCCGGUGUGUAUUCUUCAUUUUGAAGACAAAUCGUUGCAUGCCAACAAUGGAAAAGCCUUUUCAUUUUCAGUGACACAAUUUCAAACCUGUGUUGUUUUCACUAAGAACAUGCAGGGACAUCGUCCAGUAGAGCAAGGCCACAGUAUAAUUAGAUUGUAUGACUGGAUGAGUAUUUUGUGAGAACUUUGUCUAGGCAUUAAAACAUUCUUAGAGAGAUAGGAACAAACUUUUAAUCAAACAUGAAGCAAUUUUUUUGGGGGGGGGGCUGGUUGUGCUUCUUUUACUAAAACUCUAAAACAGAGUUAUUUAAUCCUGAAUGAAUUUGAAUGCUUUUUUACAUAGAUAUGGAGAUAUUGUCCAGGAGUGUACUCACCUCUGCAUAAGUUUGCAUAUCACUCUUCGAUCAUGACUUCAGGGCUUGAGUGUCCAUGUGUUUUGUGUGAAUAACUAACAUCAGGUAAGGCCAGAUCUGGCCCUAGUGUCAUUCUAACCAUCUGUUUACCCUUCCGGCUCCCUCUGAGCUUGAGCUCUUGUCUUGAUGUAAAUAUGCACUUUAUAUUUCUCAUUUAGACAGCUUUCUCAUUUAAACCCCCAUCUCCUGAAAGGAAACUAGGAAGUGUUUUGAUGUGCAUAGGCACCAUGAUUUUUCACACUCUGUUCUGUUCAGCUUGUGUGUUUCUCAAAAUCCUGGGUCUCUCUCCAGAAUUUGGGACAAAAGUGUGUUUGACUCUAUAAUCACUGAAUUUGGUCUCAUUGCAUAAUUGCACUUUCUACGACAAAAAGUGUAUAUAUUGCCAAUAUUCCCCAUGUUGUCCAUUGCCCAACUGUCAUUCAGUUUCACCAUUAGACAACUGAAUGGUGUUGGCAUGCUCAAAAGGGGAUUGUAAAUGGCAAAAGCUGGUCAGCCACAAGAAAACAUAGCUUUUCCUCACUUAACACAGAAUUUGGACUUAUGUAUAUUUCUGAAGCUUUUAAUAACAGUGUCAAAAAGGGACACUCAGUCUAAACUUUAACCAAAUUGACAUCCCUGUUCCUAGCAAUGCCUCAGUUGCAAUACAAUGUCAGCAUGAGGUAUACUGUACAGCCCUGUAGAGUAAGCUGAGAUGGGGGUUUGUGCAUUAGUGUAGUACCUUACUGUACAGCUGUGCAUGUGCUAUUGUCUGGCUCUCUCGUGUCUGUGUGUCUGCAGUAGGUCAGCAUCGUGGUGUCGUCUCCACGUUGCUGGGUGAACAGAUCUGUUUUGUGAUGUGCAGAGGAAUGCAAACUUAUGGUUCACCUGCUGUAGGUGACAUCAUUGCUUUUCAGUAGGUGUGUGGCUACUAGUGCUCAACUCCAAAACCUCACAAUGCCCCAACCCCCGCCCUCCUCGCUCACACCCACUCCCACCACCCUUAGCCAGACAUUCACGGAACCCAGGGUCCCACUCUUGAGCUUGUACCCCAUCGAAGCACCAGCAAUUUUAGACUGCAUUUGUCAUAUCACUGUUCAGUUCCUCUUUAUUGUUUUCCUGUUUUUUUAUUUGUACUACGCUCUCUAACCUAGACCAAUUAUAACAAAAUGCCAUUCAUAUGUAUCCUGUUUACUCCCCCUUUUCUCCUUUUUGCACUUUCACUGCCCCCCUUUUCCAACCACUCCCCCACACUUCUGCUCCGAUCCCGCCACACCACCAAACCCCCCCUCCUCCUCCUCCUCCUCCUCCUCCUCGAGUUUCUCCCGAGUGCCAAACAAAAACAGUACCAUUCCAAACUUUUUGAGUUUUCUUGUAUGUUGGACAUCCAUUGGACGCACCCAUGAAGCCAGCAUGUUCCUCCAUAACAUGAUGUCAGUCAUGACGCCUCAACAUUACCCAAAAGAAACAGAUCAAAAAAACCCUGAGCUAAAAGCAGACCUGGAUUAACCCGGUAAAGGCUGGCUACCUCUCAUAAACUGCUUUUCCUAAUUCUCUACCAUCUCUUCAACCUCCAGGACAUCAUUGAUUGUGUGCCAUAGUGUUGGGGGCACUUGUCACUCUCCUCACUCCCCAAGUCUCUCCAUUUGAUUUUCGAUGGGAAAAAAUAAAAAAAUCCAUUUCUAAUGACGAUUCUUUUUCUUUAACAUUAAACCACACUCAGAAUGGUGUGAGGAGUGUAAUCGUCAGCUGCGCAGCCAUCCUCUGUCUUCUGAACUUUGAACUUUUCACCCCUCAUGAACUUUAUUGACCUUCUUCCUCCCCUUCUAUGUUCAUCAAACUGUUUGGACUUAAAUCUCCAUUCCAUCACCAAAACUAUUUGAGACUGUGCAAUUCUAGUUGAAAUGAUUGGAUUUUUUUUGCUUGUUUCUCAUCACUGGGGCAAUUCUCAGAGAUAAAGAAUGAAAAAUCAUCCACACAAAAAAUACAGACAAACAACAACAAAAAAACUAAACAACUGUUUCUCCACAAUUUCAUUUUUCUCUCAUUGUAAAUAUUUUUGUCAGAUUUUGUUGAGCUGUAAAGAGAGGCGUGUUCAACAGAAUGGGGCCGGCAGCAUAAAACCCACCUAGUGGAAAGAGGAAAAGAAAGACGCACCCCAUACAUCUACUCAUUUGUUCUGCUACAGUAGCUUGUUGUAUUGACAUUGGUGUGACCUGCUGUAUUUGUUGUUGUUUAUUUCCAUGCUAGCUCCACUUAGAUAAAAGGAUGUAAAAACGCAAAAGAGAAUUCAGUUCUGGAGCUGAAAAUCAUCCUCAUGAUAGAAUUGUUUACAUUUGCUACCGUAGCUGUAUUCGUUGGUGGUUUCGUUUUGCUUAGUGUGAGUCGUAGUUAUUGUAAAUGCUUGGUAGUUGGAAGAACAUAUCAAUGUGGAGAACUUGCUAGACUCGGCACCUUACACUAGAUGUGGGACACACAAGACUAGGGAAAAUCUGUGUCGCUCCCAAACCACAAAAAGGAAGUUGAGCCCUCUUUAGUGCAAUAGAGUAAAAGUGAUAUUGUUUAUAACUACGAUUAUGUUAAUUGGGCAUAUUGUAGGUGGGCGUUGUUGAAUGUAAAUGCCAACAUGACAAAGGUGCCCGUAGUGCCAACUGAGACAUAUCUCGGUCAGUGGGUUUAGUAGAUCGAAGAAGACUGAAAGUGUUCAUUUGACACAGCUAGACUGGACUCACCAUAUCAUUGCUUAGCUUUGGGCUCCACUCACAAUGCUUUAUGCUGCCAGCCUCAUUUUCUGAUAACACUUCAUGAGCUAUUUAUUUUCAACCUAUUAUAUACUAUUAAUAAAUGACAACACAACAAGAAAAAGGGAAUGACUGGAAAGGUGAAUUAUUGUUUUGUUUUUUAGUAUUUUAGUGGUUGCUUUUAACACCAUUCAUUAACUGACUUAAAGAGUAUUGAAUAUUUAAUGUAAUUGUAGCAUUGUGUUUGUAAAAAAAAAAGUACAAAAAAGUAGUGAGUUGUGUUUAUUGACUUGUGGAUUACCAGUGAAGUCAGCAAUCUAGUGCUAAUAUAUAUUUCAUCUUUUUUUAAGGAUUAUUCUUUUCCGACAGCAACAACAGUCAUUAUAAAUGUUCAUUUUAGCAUCACCUGUCUUCUGUUGUCUUAUUCUUCACCUCCCACUACACUCAGUCUCAUCCAAAUAACACAUUGCAAGUUUGUGCCUGAAACCAUGUGCUUGGUCUGGGGGCGGGGCCAUAUGGUAUGAGUGGCGUGUGAGUGUGUGAGUGUGUGUGUGUGUGUGUGUAUGAGGGAGAGAGUGUGUGAAUGGAAAGGCUGCUGUCUGAGCCUUGGUGGGUGGGUGUUCUGUCCAAUGUCCACCAAAGCUAAAACCUGGAGGGCUUCCAUUCACCAAUGGAAUCCCCUGACGUUAUAGCUGGAACUUCAUCAUGUGACCUGAGCCGACUCUAUCGUUCAUAACCCUCCCACCCAACCACUCUCCACCACUACCCUAUCCCUGAGUCAUCCCUUACCACACGCCAGCACCAUGUGAUGUUCUCCAUCGAUAACAUACUACUCGACCAGAUCCACAUUAACAUGUCUCCUCCAUGUUUCCAAAAGGAGCGCGUUGCCAGUCAACCUGCUUCCCACAUGAUACUCAACCAUCCUCUCUAGCUGCCGGGGCCAGGCCCAUUCGUCUAAAAACAAGAGGAUAGACAGACAGAGAAAUAGUGAUUCUCAGGGUGUCUUCUUGAUCUCCUUUUAUAUCCUGCCUUCUGCAGUUGUCCCACUUGAUUCUGCCCUAAUGAUUUCUAUGGAGCCCAAAGACGACGAUGAUUUCCAAUGCUCAUGUAAUGGUUGCUUAGCAAUUAUUCUGAGGGAUGAUGUGCACCCACUUAAAGGAGCAAGAAAAUGCUGUAUUGUUUACAACCUAAAUGAGACCAACGCUGUUGAAAAGGAAUGUGUAGGACAAAAAAAAAUUAUACGUAUUGCAAAAUGAUGACAUUUCAACAACAAUUUGUGUGACAUGAGUUAAUGUAAUUAUGAGUCAUUGCAUGUUACUAUUUUUUGCAAUGAAAACAUCUUUUUUUGAACUGUUAGAAUGGAUGGUACAUUGUCAAAUUAGUGCAACAUUUAGACGCUAAUAAUAAAACAAACGUUGGUGUCCGUGUUAAUGUCACCAUCAGGAGAGGUUUUGGACCAAUGAAUGCAAAAUGUUGUAACGGUUUUGUUCAUUUGUACAUGGUAAUAAUGGGUUAAAUAAACCAUUGAAGCUAAUUGUCAGGUAGA